AUGGGUGUAGGUAUGAAUUUGGGCAACAAUGCUUCAUGGAAACCGAAUUGGAAGAAGGGUGAAACUAGUGAUUCCAAGGCUGUUUCUAAGGAAAAGAAAGAGGAGACUAGGGGUGGAGAAAAGCCUAGUGUGACUGAGAAAGGCAAUGGACAGAAUACCUCUAGUGGGAGAACUAGGGAUAUCAAAUGUUUUAGGUGCCUAGGGAAGGGACAUUAUGCAUCUCAAUGUCUUAACAAGAGGGUGAUGGUGAUGAGGCCGAAUGGAGAGAUCGAAUCAGAAGAUGAUGAUGUUGAUGAUGAUGAUGCUAGUGAGAGUAUGCCUCCUUUGGAGGAAGCUAGUGAUGUAGAGCAUGCCGUGGGAGGAAAUAUUCUGGUGGUUAGGCGUGCACUAAGUGCACAAGCAAAGGAAGAAGAGGGAGAUGCACUGCAAAGGGAAAAUAUUUUCCACACUAGUUGCUUGGUGAAUGGUAAAACUUGUAGCAUGAUUGUAGAUAGUGGUAGUUGUGUGAAUGUUGCCAGCACACUCAUGGUUGCGAAGCUUGGCAUGCGCACCAUCAAGCAUCCUAGACCAUACAAGUUGCAAUGGCUGAAUGACUGUGGGGAAAUUAAGGUGAACAAGCAAGUGAUGUUGGCUUUUUCUAUUGGAAGGUAUAAGGAUGAGGUGUUGUGUGAUGUGGUGCCAAUGCAUGCUGGACAUAUUUUGCUAGGGAGACCAUGGCAAUAUGAUAGGAAGGUAGUGCAUGAUGGAUUUAGGAAUAGGUACUCCUUUGAUCAUGAUGGACGAAGGGUUACUUUAGCAGCAUUAUCACCCGCACAAGCUUUUGAAGAUCAAUUAAGGAUAAGACAGUCCAUGAAUGAGCAACAACAAAGAGAGGCUGAGCUAAGAGAGUUUGAGGAUGUCUUCCCUGAAGAAAUACCUAAUGGGCUACCACCAAUUAGAGGCAUAGAGCACCAAAUAGAUUUUGUGCUGAGAAAAUUUGUUGUAGUGUAUUUUGAUGAUAUCCUAGUAUAUAGCCAAAAUAUGCAUGAUCAUUUGCUGCACUUGAGACAAGUCUUUGAGGUGUUGAGAAAAGAGCACUUGUAUGCCAAUCUUAAGAAAUGCACUUUUUGUAUGGACAAAGUUAUUUUCUUAGGAUUUGUGGUGAGUGGCAAGGGAAUUGAGGUUGAUGAGGACAAGGUAAGAGCCAUCAGAGAGUGGCCUACACCUAAGUCUGUGAGUGAUGUGAGGAGCUUCCAUGGGUUGGCUAGUUUUUAUAGGAGAUUUGUAAAGGACUUCAGUACCAUAGCCUCACCCUUGAAUGAAGUUGUAAAAAAAAAUGUGGGAUUCAAGUGGGGGGAAGAACAAGAGCAUGCAUUUAAUUCACUUAAGGAGAAAUUGUGUUCUGCACCUUUACUUGCUUUACCUGAUUUUUCUAAAACUUUUGAGAUUGAAUGUGAUGCCUCUGGAGUGGGUAUUGGAGCUGUUUUGAAGCAGGAAAGGAGACCGAUUGCCUACUUCAGUGAGAAGCUAAGUGGGGCUACAUUGAACUACUCCACUUAUGACAAAGAGUUGUAUGCUCUAGUGCGUGCACUUGAGACUUGGCAACACUACUUGUGGCCGAAGGAGUUUGUCAUUCAUAGUAACCAUGAGUCACUCAAGUACUUAAAGGGGCAGAACAAGCUCAACAAGCGCCAUGCCAAGUGGAGUGAAUUCAUUGAAGGUUUCCCAUAUGUGAUUCAAUACAAGCAAGGCAAAGAGAAUGUGGUGGCUGAUGCACUUUCAAGGAGGUACACUUUACUUUCCAUGCUUGACGCUAGACUUUUAGGCUUCGAACAUGUGAAAGAAAUGUAUGCUAAUGAUGAUGACUUUGGGAAAGUGUUUGCCUUUCGUGAACAUGCUGCAUAUGAUAAAUUCUAUAGGCAUAAUGGUUUCUUGUUUAGAGAAAAUAAAUUAUGUGUGCCUAAAUGCUCAAUUAGAGAGUUGCUUGUUAAAGAAUCACAUGCUGGUGGUUUAAUGGGACAUUUUGGGGGAUGUAGAGAGAGUGUGUGCUAG